GCAGGGGAGGGGGCUCGGCGUUGACGUGGGACGCUGCGGAGGCGCCGCUGCCGGUGGUGAUUUGCUAACCUCGCAUCAGAGAGGAGUUGAAGGCAAUGAGAGCGGGUACUGUGAACUGCCGGGCGAUGCCGCCGCUGCCGCCGUGAUACCGAGAGCAACAGUUCCCCAGCAGCACCCCUCCCAGACACAGCACACACCCCCACAGGCACGCACACCCACCCCACAGCGCCCGACUCGGCAGCGUUGGCCCCAGAAACCCACCCUGUCCCGCCACGCAGAGCCCAGAAGGAAAGAGAGCCUCAUGCCUGAGCCGCAGGGUGCGCCAUGGAUCUGACAAAGAUGGGCAUGAUCCAGCUGCAGAACCCCAGCCACCCCACAGGGCUCCUGUGCAAGGCCAACCAGAUGCGACUGGCGGGGACUCUGUGCGAUGUGGUCAUCAUGGUGGACAGUCAGGAGUUUCAUGCCCACCGGACGGUGCUGGCCUGCACCAGCAAGAUGUUUGAGAUCCUCUUCCACCGCAACAGCCAGCACUAUACUCUGGACUUCCUCUCGCCAAAGACCUUCCAACAGAUUCUGGAGUAUGCAUACACUGCCACCCUACAGGCCAAGGCAGAGGACCUGGAUGAUCUGCUGUAUGCAGCCGAGAUAUUAGAGAUAGAGUACCUGGAGGAGCAGUGCCUGAAAAUCCUGGAGACCAUCCAGGCCUCAGAUGACAAUGACAAUGAGGCCACCAUGGCGGAUGGUGGGGCCGAGGAAGAAGAGGACCGCAAAGCUCGGUACCUCAAGAACAUCUUCAUCUCGAAGCAUUCCAGCGAGGAGAGUGGGUAUGCCAGUGUGGCUGGACAGAGCCUCCCUGGGCCCAUGGUGGACCAGAGCCCUUCAGUCUCCACCUCUUUUGGUCUUUCAGCAUUGAGCCCCACCAAGGCUGCAGUGGACAGUUUGAUGACCAUAGGGCAGUCUCUCCUGCAGGGAACUCUCCAGCCUCCUGCAGGGCCUGAUGACCCAACUCUGGCUGGGGGCGGGCGGCACCCUGGGGUGGCCGAGGUGAAGACGGAGAUGAUGCAGGUGGAUGAGGUGCCUAGCCAGGAGAGCCCUGGGGUAGCCGAGUCCAGUAUCUCAGGUGGGAUGGGAGACAAGGCUGAGGAAAGGGGCAAAGAGGGGCCUGGGACUCCUACUCGGAGCAGUGUCAUUACCAGUGCCAGGGAGCUGCACUACGGGCGAGAGGAAAGUGCUGAGCAGCUGCCACCCUCGGCUGAGGCUGGCCAGGCCCCCCCUGGCCGACCAGAGCACCUUGUGCCCCCAGCUGAAAAACAUCUGGGCAUCUACUCUGUGUUGCCCAACCACAAGGCUGAUGCGGUGUUGAGCAUGCCGUCCUCAGUGACCUCUGGCCUCCACAUGCAGCCUACCCUGGCUGUCUCUAUGGACUUCAGCACCUAUGGGGGGCUGCUGCCCCAGGGCUUCAUCCAGAGAGAGCUGUUCAACAAGCUGGGCGAGCUGGCUGUGGGCAUGAAGUCAGAGAGCCGGGCCAUGGGCGAGCAGUGCAGCGUGUGUGGGAUUGAGCUUCCUGACAAUGAGGCUGUGGAACAGCACAGGAAGCUGCACAGUGGGAUGAAGACAUACGGGUGUGAGCUCUGCGGGAAGCGCUUCCUGGAUAGUUUGCGACUGAGAAUGCACUUACUGGCUCAUUCAGCGGGUGCCAAAGCCUUUGUCUGUGAUCAAUGCGGUGCCCAGUUUUCAAAGGAGGAUGCGCUGGAGACACACAGGCAGACUCAUACCGGCACAGACAUGGCUGUCUUCUGUCUGCUGUGCGGGAAGCGUUUCCAGGCGCAGAGUGCGCUCCAGCAGCACAUGGAGGUCCACGCGGGUGUGCGCAGCUACAUCUGCAGCGAGUGCAACCGCACGUUCCCCAGCCACACCGCCCUCAAACGCCACCUGCGCUCACAUACAGGCGACCACCCAUAUGAGUGUGAAUUCUGUGGCAGCUGCUUCCGGGACGAGAGCACACUCAAGAGCCACAAACGCAUCCACACGGGCGAGAAACCCUAUGAAUGCAAUGGCUGUGGCAAGAAGUUCAGCCUGAAGCACCAGCUGGAGACGCACUAUAGAGUGCACACAGGUGAGAAGCCCUUUGAGUGUAAGCUGUGCCACCAGCGCUCCCGGGACUACUCAGCCAUGAUCAAGCACCUGCGAACGCACAACGGCGCCUCACCCUACCAGUGCACCAUCUGCACAGAGUACUGCCCCAGCCUCUCCUCCAUGCAGAAGCACAUGAAGGGCCACAAGCCCGAGGAGAUCCCGCCCGACUGGAGGAUAGAGAAGACGUACCUCUACCUGUGCUAUGUGUGAAAAGGGGCCCCGCGGCGGCGGAGGGGGAGUGAGAAGCAAGAAAAGAAGAAUUAGAGCGAGAUGAAGUUGAGGAAGGACUGUGCAGGAAAAAAAAAAAAGAGAGAGAAGAGGAAAGAAACCUGAUAGCUGUUUGGCCUUGGCUUCUCCCUGGGGCCCGGAUGACCCGGGUGUCUGGGCCGCUGCUCCCCACCUCUUGGGGCCUCCACUCCCUUUUUUCCUGGCUAGAGGGUUGCCUGGGUUUCUUGGGUGGAGUGGGGGUUGUUUUUCUCUUCCCUCUACCCAAGCCCUCCCUUCAGGUCCAGUAAUGGAGGCUGAGAAGGGGGUGAGAGGCCCUGCGGUCAGAGCCAGUCUCUGCCUGCCCCCUUCCGACUGACUCCUCAGAAGAUGAAUGCUGAGGGAAGGGGAGCAGAAAGGAAGGGCCUAUAGAUGGUGGGGUUGGGCUGGGUCACUGGUUGAUGUGCAAAAUGGCAGCUCUCGUUUGCUGGAGGCAGAUUGAUGGGGGAGAGUCUCUCCUUCCCUUCCCACCAUGCAUUCUUCUGCUGCUUUCCUCCUCCCCUCUGCCAGAUCCCAGUGUCCCUCAUGGUCAUCUUACCUCCCACCCCCUCCCCUAGAUCCUUAUUUCCUGUCUCUUCUUGACUCCUGUCCUCCAAGUCCCCGGGGGCCUCCUAGCCCAUCAGGGACAGGGGUGGUAUCUCCCUCCUCCUCCAGUCCCCUGACUCCAAAGCCCUUACACCCACCCUUAGCUUCCUGAGAAUGCAAAGCAAAAUGAAUUGCAAACCCCAUCCUAGUCAAGCUCCUUCAUGAGCAAGAUGCCUGCUGAGCUACUUUUGCUUCCAAAAGGAAAAACAGAGCAACUCAAUAUAUCCUACCCCCCAAACAAACAAAAAUCCUUAAAACCCUGUUUCGGUCCCUAGGAAGAGAAAUUCGAGAACGGUCUGAUUGUCCAACGGUCUGAUUGUGGAUGAUGUUCUCUGGAUGUGUCCUAUACCUGGAGACCAGGACACCCUUCCCAGGAGCAGCUGGCCAAUGGAGGGAGUGGUUGAGUCAUACUGGGGACCCUCUGAACAUGGGGGCCCAGGUACCCCAGACCUAGUCAACCCAGGUCCAGAGAGUGACACAGAAUUCCUGACUCACAGGGCCCCUCAGUCCACAGAGGAGGAGGAGGAAGGAGAGUCGUCGUUGGAGUUGAAGGCGCUUUGGCCUUGUUUUGUGUUUUGCUUCUUUUCUGUGUCCCCCUGUUAGCACAUUGUACUUGAAUUACCUCAGUUUUUUGUGACCUCAUUAGCUUUUUUAACCCCUGUAUCCCUUUUUUUUUUUGGUUGGGGGUCGGAGGAAUGGGGAGGGUGUUCUUUUCUGUUUCUUGUGUAAAUCAGUAGUUGGUUUUAUAGACUUCAGCCUGCCAACAUUAUCACCCCGUCCCCUAGUGACUAGCCUCCCAGCCAACACUCCAGAAGGAGUUGAGAACCAAGGAUCUGAGUAUGGGCCUGGGGAGUCAGCAGAAGGUGGGUGGAGGGGACACUGCAUUGGGGUCUCGCUGCCCGCAUUGAGGCAGCCAGGAAUCGCUGUUGGCUCUGCCCAGUGCCUCAAGUCACCUGUGCCCAGUGCCGGUUUAGCCUAAAACAUUCUAGAGAAAAUCCCACCUUUCUUGCAAUUUCCUGAGUCAUUCAGGCUUGGGGGCCUCUAUUAUUCAGAUCCUUGUAACUAUGUGGCCCCCUCCCCUUUGUGUAUUAUCAUUUUCAAAAUUAGUAUAUUUUUGUGGCUGGGGGGUGGGGUGACCCAGCCUCUGCUGUGUUGUGUUAGGGUGGGGGUGUUGUUUUUCUAAAAGCUACCUCUUACGUUCGUCCAGUUGUUCUUUUGUUCCCUUCAAGCCUCCCAUUCUGCUGCUCUGCUUCCCCCUAGCCCCCCAGCCUCCACCCUGACUCUCAGAAAGCACACUUGCUGUAUUUGUGUUUGCUUUGGGACGGGUGCUUGCUUGCUCCGUUUCAUCUCAUGCUUUAUUUGCAAGACUUUGUUUUGUUGUUUUGCUUUCCUUUCUCUCUCUGAGAAAGUUGUGGCUGCAUUUAUCUCUUAAGUUUUAAAAAGUGGUUUAGGGAAGCGGUUUUGGGGAGAAGGGUUGUGAGGAACAUAGGGAAGCCGGAGGGAUGGGUGCUGCUGUGACCACCCCCCUGUCCCUCGGCCCCAUCCCUCCUGCCCUCCCCUUCAAUCUCAUCCACCAAAUCUGAAGGCCUUAAAAAUUGUGUGUUGGGGGGAUGCAGAUUGGGGGGAUCAUGCCACUGACCUGUGGAUUGGGGAUGGUAAACUAGGGAGGGGCUGUUUUGCAAUUAUAAUACUUUGGAAAGGAAAAAAAAUGUUAAACUUGAACUAUGUGACUAGAGCAGUUGUCAUGUUUAUAAUGUGAAGAGAGUGAAAUCUUUGUGGGGAGGAGCAGUCUGUAGGAAACCAUGAUGCACUAUUGCUUUCUCCCCCAGCCUAGGAAGAAGGGGGGACAAGCCAGCCCUCAGGGGAUCUGUAAAUCCCAGAAAACAAGAUUUUAAAAAUCAAGAUGUCAUUCAACUUUGGUCGGGAAGGAAGAUAAAAAAUCAAAUUAUUUCAUAGAACUAGCUGACACCUCUCAGUCCCCCACCCUUCCCACCCAGCCUGGGUUCCUUCCCCUGUUCAUUAAAGCUGAGAGGGUUGAACUAGUAUUUACAAAUUGUAAUAUUUUUGUAAUAUUUGUUAGUUCCUUUGUCAGUGCUACAGGACCUUGCCCUUUCCUUUUGUAACGUGAAUAGAAAAAAAAAAAAAAAUCCACCACACCGCCAACAAAAUCACUUUGUACACGUGCACCUGUGUGUGCGCGCAUGUGCUUUCUGUGUGCGAUUGUGUGUUCAAUCAUGCAGUGUUGUUGUAAUCUGGUGUUGCAGCAUUGGAUGGUACUCCAUCAGCACCUGUCUCUCCCACCAAGCCCCAAGGACGCUGCAGAUCCCAGUAGGGCGGUAGGGAGAGAGGGUAGGGGUGUGGUUUCUGAAGGAUACUGGGCAGAUCGCCGUACUUGCUACCCUCACCCAAGAAAGCCCAGAUGCCCUAGAAAGAGUUCCACAUGCCUCUUCCCCAACUUCCUACCCACAGAGACAAAAGAAUUCUCAACUUGACCAGGCCAAAUGGGUGGGGCCGACGAAGGCGUCCCACACCCCUGGUGCUUUGGUGCAGGGUGAGAAGUUACCUGGAGGUUCUGCAUGUGCCUGGAGUGAAGGGGGUUUGGGAAGCCAGGAGGGUUGAGGUUGCUCUCUCCCCAGGUGAGAUCUAAAUAUUUUUACUCUCCUUUUCUUUCUGCUGCCUGGCUCCUUGGGCCACCUCGCUGCCUUUAGCUGUGGUACUGCUGACAACCCUGCUGGCUACUGCCUUAUCCAGCGUAACGAAAUGCCUCCAGCUGGAGUGCCUAAGUUGGUUAAUGGUCCCUUUGCCAUGUCCAGCCCCUACAACUGUGUCCCUUAGUGCUUUUGGUGACAUUCACCCCUUACUCCUAGGCUGUCUUUCCCUGUUCACUCCUUUACUCAUUCAAAGCAUUGAAAUCCUAUGUGUAUAUAGGAUAGACAUAUAUAUAGAUAUAUAUAUAGCAAGAGAGAGAUAUAAAAUAGUAAGUAUCUUUGCUGCUUUGGGCUGCUUUGGAGGAGGCCAGGAGUAUGGGGAAGGUCGAGCUGGGGUGCAAGGGUGUGGGUAGGGAGGCUGAGGGACCCAAUGAUUCAGUACAAUCCAAGGAUGUAACGUGGGCUUGUUUAAUCUUUGUGCCUGAACAGUUUUUCCAUGUUUAGAAAAAAAAAAAUUUGCUGCAAUUUUUCACAAGUGUAUGGUACCUUUCUGGAUGCUACUGGUAUAACUGCUGCAGGAGUGUCAAGACCUGGGAGGGUGAAGGCUUCCCUCCUCACAAGGAGUGAGCACAGGUAGGAGGUGACCUUUGGACUGUGUCCAAUGAGGGGUGGCAGGAGGGAGUUUUGCAGUCUCUUCCUUGGCAAGCUGAAUGGGAUAGAAAGCUCAGGCCACCAGGAUAUAAGACAGCAAAGGAUAAAAAGUCCAGACUGUUCAUUUGUUUUUCCUAGGCCGGUUUUAUAGUCUUUUUUCCCCCUCCCAUCUUGUCACUUCCUUCCUGAAGCUUCUGCUGGCUGGAUUGAAUGGUGGCACUUACCUGGAUAUUUCAGAACGAGGAGAAAAAAAAAAAAAAAAGCCAGGCAAACCCUAUGUGGUGAGAUUGAUGGGUGGUGAAAAAAGGCAGAGACAGCCAGGAGAGAGGGGCACAAGACAAACCAGGGAGGCCAGGUCAGGGGACAAGGGUAGGGGGAGAAGCAUGUAGGCCCCACAAACCUGUGGCCCAGCAGCUGCUGCCUCGCUGAGUCCUUGGCAUCCCACCUUGCAGACAGGGUACCAGCCUCCUGGUGUGUAUCAUAGUAUUUGUUCACAUAGUGUUAUGCAUGAUCUUUGUAAGGUGAAGAAGCCGUGGUGGUGCACCAUGACAUCCGACCCAUAUAUAUAAAGAUAAAUAUAUAUAUAUGUAUGUAAAUUAUAGCACUGAGGGCCCUGCUGCCCUGCUGGACCAAGCAAAACUAAGCCUUUUGGUUUGGGUAUUAUGUUUUGUUUUGUUGUUUGUUUUUUGUGGCUUGUCUGAUGUCGUGACAGCACAAGUGCCAGUCUGAUUGCUCUGUAUUACAGAAUAGUGUUUUUAAUUAAUCGAUGUUCUAGUUCAUGUCUACCUCAGCACCUCCUCUUAGCCUAAUUUUAGGAGGUUGCCCAAUUUUGUUUCUUCAAUUUUACUGGUUACUUUUUUGUACAAAUCAAUCUCUUCUCUCUCUGUCUGACUCUCUCCCUCUCUCUUUCUCUCUCUCUCUGCCCCUUGGUUCCCGCUCUCAUUUCUGUGUGUUCAUCCUCUCUCUCCCUCUUUCCUUCCUCCUGGUCCCCUGGCUCCCAGUCUUGCUUGCUGGUCCUCUCUGUUCUAGUUCCCAAGCAGUUCACCUGAAGUUGUGCGGUCCUGGUUGCAGCUUUCCGCAUCUGCCUUCGUUUCGUGUAGAUUGAUGCGUUUCUUUGUAAUUUCAGUGUUUCUGACAGAUUUUAAAAAAAAGGAAAAAAAGAAAAAUGGAUUUACUGCUGCAGGUUUUUUUCUCUCUCCAUGUGUCACUAAGUGAAGUUUGUGCCUUCUAUAGCAAAGAGAAUAUUUUUUACAUCCUACUAACAGUAGAUUUUUUUGUAGUGAACAUUUUUUGUAUUUUUAUUUAUAAGUCUCAUAAGAAAAAUAGCAAUGUUCAGUUGUAUACCUUGAAUCUGCAGUUAGAAGAGAAUAAAGUUAAUUCAGUUGUCUCUGGAUUGAAGUGUACUUUGUUUUUUUUAUUUUUAAAUAAGUGCUUUGUCUUUUCUGCCUUUUCUAGGGGUGGGGAGCACUGUAGAGGGACUGACAUAGAAAGCUCUGUUUUACACACAUUCAGCCCAAUUUAGGUGGCAUUUUUAUCUGACAUUUAUAAGGCACAUACCCACUAAUAACAUUUUUCUAAUGCUUUAUGUCUUAAAAAAUACUGUUAAGACACAUUAAUAUUUGAUCUCCGAUGCAAUGUAGGAACUAGGCUUUCAUUCAUUCAACAAGUAUUGGAGGGCCUAACUUGUAUCAGGGUGGCACAAGUGGUUUGCAAUUGACUAUUCACCUAAAGUUUGGCAGUUUGAACUCAGAGGCACUGUGGAAGAAAGGCCUGGUGAUCUGCUUCCAUAAAGAUGGUAGCCAAGAAAACCCUAUGGAGCAGUUAUACUGUGUAACACAUGGGGCUGCUAUAAGUCUGAUUCAACCUGACAGCAA